AUGAUAGCAAACAAAUUGGCCCAUAGACCGAGGUUCCCAUUGCAAGCAGAUACUAAUUUAGGGAAUUUUCGCUACUUAAUCUGUGGAGACAAUUCUUACCCGGAUCCGCCAUAUGGCCUAGUUAAUCUACUCUCAGAGGGUUGGCCCCAUGUACUAGGUUCGAACCUUGCUAAACUCAUUGGUCAGCAUAUGAGCCAGGACUUUCAGACUUUUAGCCUACCCCGAUCAGAUCUAGAAGUCCUCAAGAACAUGAAGCAUUUAAAGGACGACAAGGAGUUAACAAGUCAUUUACACUACCAGGUUCAUUAUGUAAAUUUAUUUUACAGGAUUCAGAGUUGUCGUGGUAGCUCUGCGGUUAAGAGCUUUGCAAUGAGUUGCCUAACUCUUUUUCUAUUACAGUGCAUAUACUUUUUAGAAGGGAGACAAACUGUAUUAAGGCGACCUCGCGAAAGUGCUUCGUUUAUGGGCGAACAGCUAGUUAUUGUCGGUGACUGUGGCGGGACUAACACCCGCCUUGUGUUGUAUUCUAUCGUCCCCAACGCCAGUUCCCCAAGUAGAGGGGAGAGAGCACCGGGGGCCCUUAUUUUUAAAAAAAGGUACAAGAACGAAGAUUUCAGAGAGUUUAAGGAAAUUGUGAGUGUGUUCUUAAAGGAAAGUGGAAUAGACAUACUUCCUAAAAUUGCUUGUUUGGCUUGUGCCGGCCCUAUUGUAAAUAAUACUGUGGACUUUACUAAUUUAAAGGGUGGAUGGUUUAUAAGUGGCUCUGAUCUACAGAGUUUCUUUGGUAUAGAGUAUGUGCAACUUAUAAACGAUUUCUUAGCUAUGGGUUACGGUGUACUAACCCUGAACACUAGUGAGUGUCUUAAAGUAAACGAGGCUUUGCCACAGGAAGGAGGAGUUAUUGCUGUAAUAGGCGCUGGAACUGGACUUGGUGAAUGUUUUUUAACACAGGACCCAGACAACAAGAAGUAUACUUGCUUUCCUAGCGAAGGAGGUCAUUGUGAUUGGAGCCCCCACAAUGAAUUAGAGUGCGAGUUACUUAAUUAUGCUAGGAAGAAAUAUAAUCACCGAAAUAGAAUCUCGGCAGAAAGAAUCAUUUCUGGGAACGGACUUUCUUUAAUUUAUGAAUUUCUCUCUAAUGUGAAGUUUCCCGGGGAAAUAAAUCAGGAAGUUUACGAAGAGUGGAAAGCAAGUGGCGCCCAAAAGAGUUCUAUAAUAGCUAAAUACGCCAAAACUUGCUCUUUAUGCCGAAAAUCCAUGGAUGUCUUUUUUAAUGCUUACGCCAGUGAAACGGGUAAUGCCAUGUUAAAAUGGCUCCCAACUGGAGGCUUCUAUAUAACAGGGGGUAUUGGAGCAAGUAACCUUGAGUACUUUACUAUUGACGGCAAAUUUCUAAAGACAGCCACAGACAAAGGCCGCGUUUCUGAUACCAUCAAAAGAUGUCCAAUAUACGUUGCAAAGGUGGACGAUGUAGGGGAAAGGGGAGCCCACUUGUACGCCUUUGAAUUAUUAAAAAAAAAGUAUUCAAUUUGCAAGAGUAGCUCUAUGGUAAAUGACCCUAAACGACAGGUUCCGUACUCUGAAACCAUCUCUGUUAAGUUAGAGUACCAUGUUCUAACAGAUUAG